AUGGGAUGUACAUGGAUAUCUGUUGUAAGCCUUAUAGUGCUGAUAUUUACAUCUUUCCUGGCAAACAUGAAAGCAGUAACAAUUACUCUACCAACAGUUACUACUGAAGAAGAAACACUGAUACAGAGCUCUCCAGUUUCAACGACAGUACCAUCCAAACUAAUGUCUUCGGAGACCGUUACUACGAGGAACAAGGUAGACACAAAAUGUCAUUCCAGUGGAAUAGACGGGUUACAAAAUGCUAAUUUUGAGAGUGGUAAGAAUAAUAUAUCAGAAACUAAGUGUACCUACUCUGAUAAUGUUACCACACAAGCUGUUACAUCCAUAGGUACUGAGGCAGAGAAAAAGCCUGCACUAGCUGUUACCUACAGAGAUUUUCCAGAGUAUAUCCACUAUAAAAAUUUAGAACGUAUUAUACCAUUCUUGACAAACAUUCCUGGUUUUAUCACAAAUACGCUUACAAUUGUCAUAGCCAGUCACAUAAAAUCUCAUCAUACUUCGGAGAUAUACAUGAUUGUGUUAGGCUGUACAGACUUGCUUACUGUUACUGCUAGAUUUACCUAUAGAAUGAUAGAAUUGUACUCUGAAACAAAGUCUUCGGCAUAUUGUAAAAUUCUUUCGUAUAUUUUAACAGUAGCUCAGGUAUAUUCAAAUCUUAUUUUGGUAUCAUGGACUCUUGAACGUUUCAUAGCAGUGAUUUUUCCCAUUAAAUUAGCGUCUUGGUGUUCAAUUAGAAACACAAAGAUAACAUCUGGCCUGUUACUAUUGUUUUGUAUGGCGAUCACAAUACCAUACAUCACAGAAGUUGACGCAAUAAAUAUUUGGAAUGGGAAGACCCUAGUUAAUGUUUGCCAGUUUUCAGAAUUUAUGUAUUCAACUUGGACUCAUAUUGAAUCUGUUUAUUACAUUUACCUUCCCAUGAUGUUAGUAUGCACGUGCAAUUUAGCAAUUCUUUGUAGGCUUAAUACUAUGACGAAAGCCCGAAUUAACAUGGCUAGCAAUCAAGAUACAAUCGAUAAAAAGUCCAAAGAAAAUCGGAAAAUGACAAUAUUAUUGUUAAGUAUUUCAGGGACAUUUAUAUUUUUGCAUAUUCCACACGCUAUAGCUUUGGUGGUAGGGUAUAUGCAUCCGGAUCUUAUUGUUUUUUUGCUAGAAGAUCCUCAUGGUUUUGCAAAAUACCUAUUGUAUGUAACCUGUGGCUUUUUUGUCACGGAAUUUCAAAAUUCCAUUAACUUUUUUCUUUACUGUAUAACAGGAACCAAAUUCAGGUCAACAUUUAAAAGAAUAAUCUGCUGUCACAGUACAGUUAAGCGAUCGGAGACAAACACACAAACAUCCAAUACACGUUCUACAACAUUUUGAAAACACACCAAUCUUGACUUUCAGAACAAGAUAAGGAAAGAAAAGAAAUGCAAUUCAUUAACUUUAUUAACACUUAUUAUCAAUUUACAAUAUGGAAAAUGGUAUCUUCUGUCCUCUAUCAUGUGGGUUACUAGGCUAUUUAUCGUUUACUGUAAAAACAUCUAUCCGCCACGCUUCAGUAAAGCAUGGCAAUUCACCUAAUGUACAAUAAGACAUAGUUUUUAUCUGUAAUUGGUACAUGUGAUAAAUCAGCUUUUGAGGCCCGCAUAGAGAUAAAUGUUUCUUGCCAUAAAUAUUUGUAAGUUACAAGAAUUUACCAUCAAUUUUAGAUAUAUACAACCAACGUGAUAGGACUGUAUAUAGAUUAAAUACCAAAUUCAUGAUUGAGACAAUCACUAUUUUCAUGCUGAAGAAUGCGUUACUAUUGAAUCAUAACAAAACAUUUUGCAUGUAAAUUGCCCUUAAUAUAAGGGCUUGAAAGAUGUGAAUGGUUUUCACCAUAUGCCAAUCAGUAAAUUCACAAGCAUCAUGGGAAAGGCUAGCAUAAUUAGAAAGGGUAUAAUUUUAACUGGCUGAAUAGAUAUCUUAAACUAUAAGUAGAUAUAUUUUGCGUUUAUUGUAUAAAUAUGAUUUAAUUCCGCUCAUUUAUAUCAUACCCAAUACCAUUUCUUUUAUCAUUUUAUGGCAUUGACGGUCAUUGACAAGUUAUUUGUGUUCAUGAUUAGUUGACAGCAUGGAAGAUCCAUCGCGUAAUUACGGUUAUACAAAACAGGAAGAUUGUUGCUAAAUUUCUUAUGUAAAAGCUCUAGUGCAUGGUUUACUAAACGGAUGUUUACUUUUUAAAUAAUUGAACUGAUUACUUAC